AACUUAGAUUUCUUUUUAACUUAGAUGCUACUUAGAAUUGCGACGCCGAUAUUUGCGAUAUUGGAUAGAUCAUAAGAGACUCUCAUAAGAAGAGGUCAUACGAUGAAGAUGGAGAAAAACACACCGGUGAGGAAACCACACAUGUCGACGGCGGAUCUAUUGACUUGGCCUGAGAAUCAACCGUUUGAGUCUCCCGCCGCCGUAGCUUCUCGCUCCGCCGCUAGAUCGCACCAGCCGUCGGAUGGAAUCAGCAAAGUUGUAUUUGGAGGACAAGUUACUGAUGAAGAAGUUGAGAGCUUGAACAAGAGAAAGCCUUGUUCAAAUUACAAGAUGAAAGAGAUCACAGGGAGUGGAAUAUUCUCUGUGUAUGAAGAAAAUGAUGAUUCUGAGUUAGGUAGUGCUAAUCCGGCGACUAACGGCAAAUCAAGAACAUUCCAGCAACCACCAGCAGCAAUUGUGAGUCACAUUUCGUUUGGGGAAGAAGAGAUUGUUACACCGAAGAAGCCAGCAACGGUGCCAGAAGUGGCGAAGCAACGUGAGCUCAGUGGGACAUUGAAGUAUCAAUCUGAUGCUAAGCUUAAUAAGCAAUUCUCAGAUGCUAAGUGUAAGGAACUAAGUGGUCAUAACAUCUUUGCACCACCACCUGAGAUCAAAGCUCGCCCUACUGUUCGUGCUUUGGCUUAUAAAGACAACUUCGACUUGGGAGAAUCCGAUACCAAACCCGAUGGGGAACUGAAGACGGCCAAGAAGAUUCCGGAUAGGAAAUUCAUGGAUUUGUCGGGAAACAACGUAUUCAAAGGGGAUGCUACGUCUCCCUCUUCAGCCACGGCUGAGAAGCUUCUAAGCACGGCGAAGUUGAAGGAGAUAAGUGGCAAUGACAUAUUUGCAGAUGCAAAGGCUCAGUCUCGUGACUACUUUGGCGGUGUUCGUAAACCACCGGGCGGAGAAAGCAGCAUUGCAUUGGUCUAAACCCACUCUACCAAUAAUAAUUAUAUAGCCCAAGAUUAAAGUUCUCUACAAAAACUUAGAAGGUUCUAACUAUUUAUCUUCAUUAAUAGAUAAUGUACUUUUGGAUGUUUUUUAUUUCUAUGUUUCCGGAUUUGUGUGAUUGAAUGGUUAUGAAAUGAUCGAGAUAGGCAAAAUUGAUCGGAUUUUGUUACCGGAAAGCUAAUCUGGUCUCUUAGGACUAUGUGGAGUUUAUUUGUUUUUGUGAGUUCAGGACUCAUUGUUUUGGUUUGUCUCUGUAUUUGUUGCCAACUAAUUGUUGGGUACUUGAUUGAUUUUAUUGAUUAUUUUGGGGCUAAUCUGUUAUUUAAGAAAAAAGAUUGUAGACCGUUUCUGCAAAAGCUGUCUUACACGUUUGGUGCAGUGGGUAGGACUGAGAGCAGAUACAUAAGAUUGGGAAGUCUGUUUCUUUUUUGGAAAGGAACCUUUGGCCCUGGUCUGUCUCAAUUGAGAAAUCUAUUUAUAUAAUGACAUUUUGAAAAAAUGUGUUGCUUUAAUAAUUCUGUAUUUUAUGA